AUGGGGGAUGGGCAGUACACAGAACUCACCCCGUUCCUCGCACACUUGAAGUACAGACGCCCGUGGUUAUCACCAUCCUUCUUGGUUCGCCCCUCCACCACCCGAGCAAGGCCGCAGUCCGAGCAAGAGAUCAACGGAAAGCUGCUCAACUCACCUACUGAAUCCACACAGAUGGAGGCGAUGUGGGAGCUCCAGGCACCUUGGACCCGACUCCUCGCCCUUCCAGAUGACUCGGCCCAAGAGGAAUGCAAUGGCGGUUGUAAUUGGCGUCUCAAUUUCCGACCGUUAUGUGACCUUCACUUCGGUGACUGGCGAAUCCAUGUCUCCUACUUUUACCGCCGCCAGCAACGUCUGGGGAGGGUGUUGGAACCAGGUGAUUUCGUUUUAGCAGAAAAGAGGUGCAUUGAGCGGUACAAGUUCUCACAUGGUGAUGUGAUUUUGUUCAAGUGCCCUAGCAAUCAUAAGCAGUUGUUUGUGAAGAGGUUGAUUGGGCUUCCUGGUGAGUGGAUACAGAUCCCUGGGUCCCUUAAGCUUACUAAGAUCCCAGAAGGGCAUUGCUGGGUUGAAGGUGAUAACUCUGCUCGUAGCUGGGAUUCUAGGGCAUUCGGCCCGAUUCCCUUAGGUCUAGUUCAGGGGAGGGUUACCCACAUAAUCUGGCCUCCAUCAAGGACUGGCCGAGUGGAGAGAAAGAUACCUGAAGGGAGAAUUUCACCUGAUUGA